AUGAGUAUGAUUGAGCCUUAUUAUGAUGAAACAAAAGAGGAUUAUAAUCUUGGAUAUCCAAAAUAUGGAGAUUGUAUUAGAUGGAAAGGAGUUCUUAAAGUAGAAUAUGAUAAAAAGAAAGAUAAAGAUGCUGUUGUGAUUGUUACUAAUCAAAGAAUAUAUUUCUUUAAACCAAAGAAAUAUAACGUUCCUAAAUAUCAUAGUCAUCUUUUUGAUAUUAAAUCAAUUGAAAUUCCUUCUAACUCAAGGAUUAUUCUAAGAUUUCAAGUUGGUAAAAAAGUAAAACAUGCAGAAUUUUAUGAACAAGCAGCUAUUGAAAUGGUACGAGCAAUUAGAACAUCAAUACGUGAUACUACCAAUAAUUAUGGAGAAGAUAAAAUUAUUUCAAUAACAGAUUUUGGAAAUAUUACAAAACCAACUAAAGAUUUUAAUCUUACACCAUCUGCAGCAAUGGUUGAGUCAUAUUUAAGUAUUUGUAGUAGAGAGAAUGAAGAACCUAGUAUUAAUCAUGUUUAUUUUCUCAAACGAAUGGAACAUAAAAAUUCAUAUUGUUUUGAUUUUAGUGAAAUUCCAGGGGUUUGUAAUUCUAAAUCACCUAUUGCUUUUAAUUUGUCCAAUGCAUUUACUGCAUUAAGUUAUAAUACUUCAUUUACACAAAUUAAAUUACAUGAUGUUUCAGCACCAGGAUUAGAUAAAGCAAUUGCAUUAUUAUUACAAAGAAAUGAAUAUAUUCAAGUACUUGAAGUUGUUAAUUGUACUACUAAACUUGAUGCAAAAGAAUUUUGUGAAGAAUUAGCAAAUUCUCCUGUUGAAAUUAUUAGUUUUCAUGGAACACCAAUUAUGAAAGGAGAGUCAUUAGGAGUUAUGAUGAGUAAAAGAGAGUAUAAAGUAAUUAAAUUAGAUGUUAAUGGAUGUGGAAUUAAUAAAUUAGGAGAUAUGAUGAGAGGUAUGAUGUUAAAUGAAAAUAUAAUUAAAAAUAUAAAAGCAUUAGACAUUUCUAAUAAUGGAAAGAGUGAAGAUUGUAUAUUAGAAUUACCAUUAUUCAUAGAAAAAUUAAGUGCUAUUCAAUCUCAAAUAGAAUAUCUUAAUAUUUCUAAUUUAGAUGUUAAUCUUGAAGAAGUUAUGAAUAAAAUGAAAGGACUUAAUCUUAAAUAUUUGAAUAUUACUGGAAAUAAAUGGAAUAAACUUGACCAAGCAAUGGAAUUAAUUAAUUUCUUUCAAACAAAUACUACAUUAAAACAAAUUUGUAUGAGUGAAAUGAAAUUUCAAAUUGAUCAUAUUGUUCCUGUUUUAUCACCAAUUGCAAAUAAUGUCAAUUUAACAUCAAUUAGUUUAGACUUAAAAAAUAAUGGGUUUGGAGUUGAUGGAGGAAUUGAAUUAUAUAAAAUAUUACCAAGUUUUAAAAAUGUAAAAAAAUUAGAUUUAAGUGGUAAUAAAUUAAAAGGAAAAGCAAUGAAUAGAAUUUUAACAUUUAUGGAAACAUUUAAUGAAUUAGAUACAUUAUAUAUUGGAAAUAAUCCAAUGAGUGGAAAAGAAUUAGAGGAAUUUAUUAAAAAUUUAAUUACAUUUAUUCGAGGACAUAAUAAUGUUAAAAUAUUAAGAAUUAAUGAAAUUGCAGAAAAAGAAAAUACUUGUAUGGAUAACUUUUUAUUUGAAAUAGUUCAUAAUGAAAGUUUAUUAGCAAUUGACAUUAGUGGAAAUCAUUUAAAUGAUUUAAGUACAAUUCCAAUGGGAGAAAUCUUUAUGAAUAAUAAAACAUUAGUUGCAUUAGACUUUGAUAGAAAUGACUUUACAACAGAAGGAUUUCUAUCAUUAAGUUAUUCUAUUGAAAAUAACUCAACACUUUCAUUUGUUGAUUAUCCUUCAAAGAUGUACAAAAAGAUUUCAAAACAAACUAUGUCUGUUGACUUAUUACAACGAUUUGAAGAAUGUUUUUAUAAUUUCUUCAAUAAAAUUAAAACUAAUAAAACUAACAACUGUUUUGGUGAUAUUCAUAUUUUUGAUAUUAUUAAUUCAUAUCCAUUAAAAAUAACACCAUGUGAACUUUUAGAUAAGAAUGUUCAACCAAAAUUAAUUGGAAAAUACAUUGAACCAACUCAAACUGAUUGUCCAGAAAUGCCAGAACAACUCAAGUCUUUCUCAGAUUUGAAGAAAGAUCCUAACUACUAUUAUAAUUAA